GAUAAAGAUAAUUCUGCCAAACAUCUAUUAACAAAUCUACCUAUUAAUGACACUUCUAAUUAGUCCGGCAGCCUAUUAAGGGAUUAAUUUAUCAAUGGUUUAUGCGAUAUGAAUAUCUUUAAUCGUAUUGACAUGUUUUGUCUUGUAUCUCUUUCGUAAUGUUUCAAAAUAGCCGUGAAACAAAAGUAACAGUCCGGCACAAAAUUAUUCAGCUGACUUACUCGUAUGUCAACCACAAGCCGAUUCUUUUAUCUGACUCAUUUUUUAUGUUCUCAGUAAUAGUCACUUUACCGCAAAGAUAAUAACGAUCCUAAUAAUGUGAAUUUGUUAAUCAUGGCUAGAAAGUUUCUCUUUUAUACCGUGGAAUAAGUCUCUUUGUCACAACACUCGCGAGGUCAUCACCAUACUGUUCGAAAUUUCUUGAGCCAACCGCUGGAUUAUCACGCAACUUAGCUACAGAAACUAACUUGUGUUGGCAUUUCGAUUUUUUUUAUCCGUCAAUAUUGUGGUCCAUCGAAUUCGAGGAACUAAACUAACCGAGAUGUGCACUAACGUGUCGGUGGUGUGUCCCUCUGUGGUCUACGCUGCCAUGCUCACUGAGCUCACCUGCGUCCCUGACAUU